AUGGAACGCUUUGGCAAAGUGACUCUUUCAAUCCAUAAUUUAGAACCAGCAGUGGCUAUGCACCAUCUAACAACAGCGCUGAAAUCGAGACCCUUCGUUAAUAGCCUCUGCAAAAAACCCCCAGUCGACCUAGACGAGUUAAGGAGCCGGGCUGCGAAAUAUAUGCAAAUGGAAGAACUAUCCGAAUACCAGAGCCAGGUACAGAUGGAACAAGGACCCAACUCAAAAAAUGAAGAAAGAAGGGAGAUCUUUAAAACAAGGCGGGGGAACGACAGAGGAAAGGAACUCGAACGACCACCACGAGGACCGAAGUAUCCCUCCUACACGACUCUCAACUCUAAUCAGUCCAGAAUACUUGACCAAGCGUUGGCCACAGAAAUAUUGAGAAUGCCUAGACGUGCUAACACCCCUCCUCGAGCGGAUAAAAGCAAGUCUUGCCGGUAUCAUCAGAACAGGGGUCACACUACCGAGGAGUGUGCGGCACUAAGAGACAAAAUUGAAGAAUUGAUCAAAGAUGGACACCUGAAAAAUUUUGUACAGACAGAUCCCGCAAGGCAAUACAACAAAGGAAGAAACAGCCACCCCGAUUCACCAAAGAGAUCCGACGCCAAAAAAUUUGAACGGCCCAGGAGCAGGUCCAGGGAGCCCCCACCAAGAAGAUAUGAACAAGAUAAAUAUCCGAAGAGGGUCAUUAACACCAUAGCCGGAGGGUUCGCUGGUGGAGGAUCUACCCAUUCGGCUAGGAAGAGGCAUCUUCGGAAUGUCCGUUCUGUGAAUAAUGUUUCAUUGGGCAGCAAGAUCCGAAUCCCGCCUAUUACGUUCACUGACGACGACUUUCAAGGAGUCGACCCGGUACAGGAUGAUCCCAUGGUAAUUAGUGUAGACAUUCUUAACUGCACUGUCCGAAAAACGCUAAUAGACCAAGGGAGCUCGGCUGAUAUCCUAUACUGGAAUACAUUCAAGCAAUUAGGCAUCUCAGAACAAGAACUCAAGGAAUAUCAUGAGCCGUUGGUCGGUUUUUCCGGAGAACGAGUAGAGACCAAGGGGUGUAUCGACUUGUAUACGGCCUUUGGAUCAGAGCACGAGGGCAAACGCAUAAGAGUCACUUAUCUUGUAGUACAUGCGAACAUAUCUUAUAAUAUACUACUCGGGAAUACCCGGGAUGUCAAUAUUGUAUCCCCUCGGUUGGAAGAAGAGUUGGAUUUUGAACUCGAUCCUAGAGUGGAUGAGGAAUACCGAGUUGAGCCCAAUGAAAACAAACAAUCUUUCCAACUAGGAACAAGGCCAGAACAAAUUGCGUAUUUGGGGAUCGGUUUGAACGAGCAAGAGAAAGCCAUUCUCCAAAAGAUGCUGGUAGAUAAUGCCGACUUGUUUGCCUGGACAGCCUCGGAUAUGCCUGGCAUUGAUCCAGCAUUCCUAUACCACCACUUAUCGGUCUAUAAAGGGGCCAAACCGGUAGCUCAAAAAAGGAGAAAAAUUGGUGGUGAUAGAGCAAAGGCGGUAAGAGAAGAAACCAGCAAACUAAUACAGGCCGGUUUCAUCCGAGAGGUCAGGUAUUCAACAUGGUUAGCCAACGUUGUCAUGGUCAAAAAAGCCAAUGGCAAGUGGCGAAUGUGCACGGACUUCACGGACCUCAAUAAAGCAUGCCCAAAAGAUGCAUACCCCCUACCAAACAUUAACACCUUGGUUGAUGGUGCUGCCGGUCACAAAAUACUGAGCUUUUUAGAUGCUUAUUCUGGGUACAAUCAAAUACGAAUGUACCCCCCCGAUGAGGAAAAAAUAGCAUUCAUCACAAAUUCUGCAAAUUAUUGUUAUCGGGUGAUGCCGUUCGGGUUGAAGAAUGCAGGAGCAACCUACCAGCGACUUAUGAACAAAAUUUUUGAAAAACAAGUGGGUAAAUGCAUGGAAGUGUAUGUAGACGACAUGGUAAUUAAAUCCCUUGCAUUAAAGCAACAUCUUGACCACUUAAAGGAGGUAUUCGGAGAAGCCAGAAAACAUGGUAUGAGGUUCAAUCCUGAAAAAUGUACAUUUGGUGUAGCUGGCGGUAAAUUCCUGGGCUUCAUGUUGUCCGAAAGGGGAAUUGAGGCAAAUCCCGACAAAUGUAAAGCCAUCAUCGACAUGGCCAGCCCUCGCAAUAUCAAGGACGUGCAACGACUGACCGGGUGGAUUGCAGCUUUGGCUAGAUUCUUGCCAAUAAUGGCAGAAAGGUCUUGGCCUUUCAUUGAAUUGUUGAAGAAAUCGCAAAAAUUUGCAUGGACCAAUGAAUGUGAGGACGCCUUUGUACAGUACAAGCAUAUGCUGGCCGCACCACCUGCGUUGAUUAAACCAAUUUCGAAUCUGGAAAUGAUUGUUUAUUUGUCCGUGUCCGAUCACGCCGUCAGUUCGGUCUUACUUCAAGAAACACCCGAACCGAACCCCGUAUAUUUCGUUAGCAGGACACUUCAGGGUCCUGAAUCUCGGUACCAGUUAGUGGAGAAAGUGGUACUUGCCUUAGUCCACACACCUCGUAGGUUAAGGCACUACUUCUAG